UAUAGGCAGGACGAGUAGUGGCAGGAGUGUCCACAUCUACUGCAUCCAUUUCUUCGCUUGCUUGGUGGUGGCCAUUGCUUGAUCCAUACACACACGUCGAGGCAGAGGAAGUAUAAGGCGAAAAGGAAAGGAGUUGUCUUGUGAUGGCAUGCAUCAACAUGUUCAACUCGGAUCACCAAGGCCUCUGUGGCAUGCCGGCAGCGCCACGCAUCUCGUUCUCCAGUGACUUCGCCGUGGAGCCGCCGGCGACGCGCACCCCCGGGCCGCCGCCUGACCCCAACUUCGAGUUCGCGGUGGGCAGCCAUUCGAUGAUCGACGCGGAUCAGCUCUUCUUCAAGGGCCGGUUGCUUCCUUUCAGGGACAGCCACCAAGGCGGGCCGCAGCGGAUCACCACCUUAAGGGAAGAGCUCGGGGCCAACGACGAGGACGGGGUCCAGUUGGAGCGGCCGCCGAGAGGAACCAUCAAGUGGAAGGAGCUCCUUGGGCUCAAGAAGUCUCAUUGCAGCUCGGCCGGGGCAGCAGCAUCGGAGGUGGUGGCAAAGAAGAGCCAUAAGAAGAACGAAGACGAGCUUCCCGUCAAGCCUACACAGGAACUACGAGGGCACGGCGAAGCCAAUUUUAGUACCUGAAGUGAUGACUGUUGAAGGUGCUAAAGCGGCAAAGACAGACGUUGCAGCAGUGUUCAGUGUUUCUUCUUCAUCUUGUUGAAGCUGUGGUUCUUAUGGUGGAGAGUGGUGAUGACUUGUAGGUACUGGGAUUUGAAGGAAAACACUCCUUUUGUUUUUCCUAGUAGGGAGUAAUGGAAAAGCUAGCUAAUUGUGGUUUGUCUGUGAGCGGCUUCUAGGUUGGCAUUAACUCUCUCUCUCUCUCUCUCUCUCUCUCUCUCUCUCUCUCUCUCUAGCAUAUUAAUCCAUUUGUGUAUUAUGUGAAGGAAUUAAUUGUACUUUCAACCAGGAUGGUGUUUAGCUGUCUGCUUCCUGUUUUUC